AUGACCAUCUUCGAGUCUGAAACUGUACCCAGUCCCAUUGCCCAAGUUCCAAGUGAGGGGUACAUCCAAAAAGAUCAGUUCAGCAGAGUGUCCAUCCAGUGGUUGGAAUGGGUUCAACACCGAAAUCAGAACAAGUACCAGAUACAGCAUGCACUCAAUGGAGGGGAACAUCAGGUACCAGGAACUCAUUACCGACUGGAUGGUUUCUGUGCUAAGACAAACACGGCCUUUGAAUUCCAUGGCUGCUUGUGGCACGGCUGUCGACACUGCUUCCCACACGAGCGUUCUAACACCAUCCAUCCUAGAACCAAUCAAUCCAUUGAAGAACUGUAUGCCCUAACCUGUAGAAAGAGAGAAGAACUGAAACUGAAAGGAUACAAAGUCAUCGAAAUUUGGGAACACGAGUUUAACCAUCUUCUGAAAUCCAACCCAGAGCUGAAGCAAUUUGUGAACUCUUUGGAUCUUCAAGACCGGUUAAAUCCCAGAGAUUCAUUCUUUGGAGGAAGAACGAAUGCCAGCACGUUGCACUAUAAAGUCAAAGAAGGGGAAGAAGUCAAGUACGUGGAUUUCACGUCUCUAUAUCCUUGGGUCAACAAAUAUUGUCAGUAUCCCGUAGGACAUCCUGAAAUCAUACACAAGGAUUUCAAGCCACUGCAUCAAUACUUUGGAAUCGCCAAGGUGAAAGUUGCCCCUCCUAGAAAACUGUACCAUCCUGUUCUGCCUUACCGUUCCAAUGGAAAACUCAAAUUUCCUUUGUGCAGAACCUGUUCGGAUCAGGAACUACAAACACCAUGCCAUCAUUCGGAUGAAGAGAGGAACAUCAUUGGAACCUGGUGCAUACCCGAAAUUCUUAAAGCCGUGGAAAAGGGGUACCAAGUCACCACAGUGUACGAGGUCUACCAUUGGCCUGAAACAACCCAGUACGAUCCAACAACAUGUGACGGCGGUCUCUUUGCCGAGUACAUCAACACCUUUCUCAAGCUAAAACAAGAAGCCAGUGGAUGGCCUGAAUGGUGUUUGACAGAUGAAGAUAAAGACCAAUACAUGAGGCAAUAUCGAGACAAAGAGGGCGUACAGCUGGAUAAACAUAAAAUCACAAAGAAUCCGGGACUUCGUUCGCUGGCUAAACUGUGUCUGAACAGUUUCUGGGGGAAGUAUGGUCAACGUCUGAACAUGAAACAGUCUGCCUUCAUCCACGAAAGCAAUGCAGACGUUUUCUUCCAGAUGUUGGCAGAUACCACCAAAGAAGUUAUCGAUUUCCACGUGUUGACAGAAACCAUUUUGCAGCUCGAAUACCAACACAAAUCCACCUUCAUCCCAGAAGAUUUAAAAACCAACGUUUUUCUGGCGACGUUUACCACUUCCUGGGCGAGAUUGAAGUUAUACAGUGUGUUGGAACAGCUGGGCGAAAAUGUGUUGUACUACGACACGGACUCGGUCAUUUUCGUGGCAAGACCUGGAGACUAUCAGCCCCCUCUGGGAGAUUAUCUUGGUGAAUUGACUGACGAAUUGGAUGGUCAGUUCAUCACCGAAUUUGUCAGUGGAGGUCCAAAAAAUUAUGGCUACAGAACCAAUAAAGGCUCAGAAGUGUGCAAGGUGCGAGGUUUUUCCUUAAACUAUGCCAAUGCACAGCUCAUCAACUUUGAAGCUAUCCGCGAGAUAGUCUUGUCACCCACCAGAGAUGCUACCCUGACCGUGACGAACCCAUCCAAAAUUUCAAGAGAAAAAAGGAAGAGAAAAAUUUACAACAAAGUGGAAGAGAAAAGGUACAAGAUAGUGUACACCAAGCGUGUCAUUCAAGACAAUUUGGACACUCUUCCUUAUGGCUAUUAA